AUGGUGCCCGCUAGGGAUGCCUUGCUGCAUGACAUGCAAGCAUCGCUUAACGAACAGCAAAAGGCUGCCGUUGAAUUUGAUCGCUCAAGCGCAUUGCAGGUCAUUGCGGGUCCUGGGACUGGUAAAACGAAAGUACUGACUUCUAGGGUUGCCUAUCUGUUGUUGAAGGAGAAAAUAAACCCUCAAGACAUCAUUGUGACAACAUUUACGAAUAAAGCAGCUAAGGAAAUGAUCGACAGAUUGGUAGAACUGCUUUUGGCCACAAAUAUAAGGGUUUCGGAUAUAUUGAUUGGUACAUUUCAUAGCAUCUGUCUGAAGAUACUUUCACGAUUUGGUCAUAAAAUUGGACUCCGAAAGGACUGGAGAAUUAUAGACGAAAGCGAAGUCAAUAAAAUCAUGGAUGAGAUGAUAGAGAAGAUGCCUGAUCAAAUAAGAGAUUAUGCCCACGCAAUUAGUCGCAAGGUUAAUUUCUGUACUUUGAAACAGGGCUCCGACCAAUGGGUCGUCAAUCCUCGAUUGGUAAAGAGGGAGAUUUCAAGAUUGAAGACGUUUGCCAUCAUCCCAGAGGAAUACACCAAGGACUCUGAUCAUGAUCCUGCUUUAGCAUACUUCUACGAGAGAUACCAAGGCGAGUUAAAUAAGGUAAACGCUCUGGAUUUUGAUGAUUUAUUGAUGUAUACAUUUCGGCUUUUGACGAGAGAGCGAUGUUUACCAUAUAUUAAACAUGUAUUUGUUGAUGAAUUUCAAGAUACAAAUGGAAUUCAGAUGGACCUCAUGUUUUUAUUUGCAAGGGGUAAUCAUCACACUUCAAGAGGUAUCACAGUAGUUGGUGAUCCCGACCAAAGUAUUUACGCGUUUAGACACGCAUUGGCUAACAAUUUUGAAGCAAUGGUUAAUAAGUGUCCUCUACCGACCUCAAGAGUUGUAUUAAUUGAGAAUUAUCGGUCCUCACAAAAGAUUUUAAACACAAGUGAAAUGCUAAUUAGGCAGCAAGUUAAAGGACGUCCGGAUAGGUUGCCUCUGAAAGCGCAGUUUGAUUCCGAUUUUCCACCAGUAUAUACAGUUUUUCCAGAAUCAUUCUUAGAAGCACCUUCUCUGAUAAGAGAGCUACUUUAUUUGAAAUCGUUGCCAGGCCUCUUUAGUUUUAAUGAUUUUGCGAUCUUGGUAAGGCAAAGACGUCAAAUGAAGGCUAUGGAAAAUGCAUUGAUAGAACAUCAAGUGCCAUAUAAGAUAAUACGAGGACAUGGUUUUUGGGAGUUGAAAGAAGCAGUUGCCAUGAUCAAUCUUUUAAAAUGUUUGAACUCAAACAAUGAAAUAAAUGCAAUUAUUGCAGCACUUCAAUACCCACCCAGAGGCUUAGGACAAACUUCAGCUGAAAGGAUCAAAUCAGAGCUGGAAAAAAAAUCUGCUGAUGCGUUUGAUACAUUAAAAGAAAUUGCUAAUAAGAAGAUUAAGGUUACGAUGCCUGAAAAAGCGCGAGCUGUCAUUAAGGAAUUUAUUGCAAUGAUUGACACAUGUGGCACACUCUGUGAAGGGCCCUUAACCACUGCGCUUGACGAUAUAUUUGAAAAACUUUAUGCAAUGUCAGGGAUGAAGUACGAAUAUCUAUAUGUUGACGGUAAGAAGAAAUCUGAAGUUGGAAAAAAUCCGGAACCUGAUUUCUCAAAUACAAGACAUAAGAACAUAAUGAUAUUGAAAAACUACUUUCUAGGAUCGAACUUAACUGCAGGUGAGACCUCGAAAGAUGCUAACAAGACAGACACACAUUCAAAACGCGCCAAUGCUAACAUGAUAAAGGUCCAUAUCCGUAAUUUUUUUUUAUCCCUUGCCAUGUACACUUCUUCAGCAAUGACACCGGAUGGAGAUCAAAAAAGUGAUAGUCAAAAGGAAAAUGGAUUCGUGACUAUGUCUACCAUUCAUGGGGCAAAGGGGCUUGAAUGGCCAGUCGUUUUUAUACCCGGCUGCGAGGAAGGUGUAAUCCCAUCAAUAUUUGGCGAGGAGAAGGAUGAGGAAUCCAACGACAGUAGUGACGAUGAAUUUAUUAGAGGCAUUCAUGAAAACAAAAUCAACGAAAACGAUUCUCGAGAUAUCAGUGGCAAAGACAACAUUUCUAACAAAAAAUCGAUUACUGAAAGUCCCAAAAAGAAAUCUUGGAUGCCCUCUAUUGGGGAUACCCUGAAUGAAGAAAGGAGAAUGUUUUUCGUUGCUCAAACAAGAGCGAAGCAUCUUCUAUAUCUAUCCGCUGUUGAUAGUACGAGAGGCAGAGGCAGCUCUCCUAGUAGAUUUUUGACCAGUGAAAUUUUGCAUACUAUGGUUGAUGAACAACGUUUGUUUGAUAAUAUUGACAAUAUAAAAAGGCUUUACAGUAUGUUAGGCAAGAAAAUCCCGAAAAGUACCAGCACAUUUUCAAUAGAACAGGUAAUUAGAGAUUAUUCCCAGUUCGUAGAAAAAAGAAGGGAAAGACUCAUAUGGAAUGGAUCUUUUGUGAAUAACAUGUACCAGUUUGAUAUCAAUCAAAAUAUUAAUAUUCCUUGCACCAAUGAGUUCUCAACUGCCGCGAUUCAACUUCAAAAAGAGAACAACAGAAAAUCUCCUGAGAGGAAAUGCAUACGACCUGGGAAUAUUUCAUCGCCAAGCCGACGGACUGGCAUGCUGGAUAAAGACAGGUCUACGUCUUCUUUUAUUAAUGGCUUGCCUAUUAAAACGGCAACAUUUGCACCGGAUUAUAAGCCAGGCAGAAAGACCUUAUCGACACCACUGAACUUGAAAAAAUCUUUUGCACCUAAAAUCGGGGAUCCGCAGAAAUUGGAAGCGAGUAAUGGUAUCAUGCGAGACUUAAAUUCCUCAGAGAUACAAAUUAACGGUAGUCAAAAGACUGACUCUAGCACCCAGUGCAAAGACGUAACUUACGGCAAUGUGCAACCCUGUCCUGGACAAGUCAUAAAGAGAGAGGACGGACAAGUUGCGGCCAAAUGCUUUUCGAACGUCCGCAGACCUCAUGGAAGUAAUAGAAAAGUGAUUGCCGCACGAAUAGAUAUUGCACCGCCUAAUGAUGGCCUCAACGUAAAGGCAGAGGAUAUCUCACCGAAUACAUCUGAAAAUACCGCCAACGAUCACAUGGGUACAACUGCUGGAGAGAUAUUGCAUGACCCAGACGAAAUAAUAAUUGAUGAUAGACCUAUCAUUUCAAAUGCCAAAACCUUGGCGGAUGCUGCCAAGAGAACAAAGAGAAAAAGCAAGCCUUCCUUAUUUUCGAGCCAGGCGCCCCCAAAAAUAUUGCAAACCCUUGAUGACAAUGGAAUAAAAUCGGAAUCAACAUUAAAUAAUUUGGACAUUUUUUCUCGUUUAUCCAGAGCCAGGAAGAAAAGCAAAUUGAAUGAUUCUGAAAUCAUCAUAAUUGAUUAA